CCCUCCCGUCCGCCCCUCGUUUCCAUGGAGACGGCCGGGAGCUGGGCCGGCGCCUCUCGGGGCCUCGGCCCGGUUCGGCGGAAAGAAAGAUAAUUGGAUGACCAGCGCCUGAGAUGCCAGAUGGCCUCCAAUGGGGAAGAUGCCAUUGCUUGGUACCAGAAGAAGAUUGGUGCCUAUGAUCAGCAAAUAUGGGAAAAAUCUAUAGAACAGACGGAGAUGAAGGGAUUUAAGAACAAACCCAAAAAGAAAGGUCACAUCCAGCCUGAUUUGAUAGAUGUUGAUUUAAUUAGAGGUUCCACAUUUGCUAAAGCUAAGCCUGAAAUCCCUUGGACAUCACUUACGAGGAAGGGCCUUGUUAGGGUUGUGUUCUUCCCCCUCUUCAGUCGAUGGUGGAUUCAAGUCACUUCUUGGCGCAUUUUUACAUGGCUGCUUAUGCUCUACCUCUUACAAGUUGUAGCAAUUGUGUUGUACUACAUAAUGCCGGUUGUGAGUACAAGUGAAAUUAUUGGACCAUUGUGCCUUAUGCUACUGAUGGGAACUGUACACUGUCAAAUAGUAUCUACUCAGUUAACAAAGCCCUCGGGAAUCAAUGGGAGCAGUAUUGGCCGAAGAAGGAGAAAAAUGCGCAAAUUUGCAGGAGGUGAUGGGAGCUCUACUUCUUCUGUUGACAAAAUCGUCAAAGAAGACGAGUCCCCAGAGUUUUCAUCACGGAUCAGCAGCUUCUUUGGCUCGGUGUUGCGCAGAAGGAGCAGGGAGGGGUAUGGUUGGGUGAAAAGAGGAAAACGAGUAGCUGAUAAAGGGACGGAGACAGAACAUAACACUGACAUUAAGCGAAGGAUUUCCAAAUCUGACCAUGGUUUGCAAUGGACCAAGGAAUCUGGAACAGUAUUAUGUGUAGAAAAAAACCAGCAGGAAGAAGAUCAUGCAGGGAGAAUGGAGUCUAAACCAACAGGUUUUCAGUGGAAUAGCCACGCUGAGUCCCUUCGGGGAGAUAGUGGCAAGGAUUUGUACACCGCCUUGAGUCCCCUCCAGAGUCGAGAAAAGCAGAGUAGAAAUGAAAUUAGUACCAGACGCCCUGGCAUCUCUGAUGAACUGUCAAGUGAGGAGGAAGCUGAUUCAGUGAGCCAGAAAGUUUUGCUGCGCAGAUGUGUGGAAGGUGCACCAAAUGUCAAUGAAAAUCAGAUCAGGGUGCCUUCUGUUGGAUCAGGGCCACUUCCCACCAAGUCAAUAUCACAGGUCAAGGAAGUUAUGAAAUCUAUGCAAGAUUCUGACAGCAUAGCCGAAUCAGAACUGGAAACAGUGCUUCAUGAGGAAUUCAGACCUUCUUUCAGUAGUGAAUCCCGGAGUGGGAGUGCAUCCCACAGAGAUUCAGAAAGCACCCGCCAUGACUCUGAGACGGAGGAUAUGCUGUGGGACGACCUGCUCCAUGGGCCCGAGUGCCGCUCCUCUUACACCAGUGACAGCGAGGAAGCCAAAGGGAAAGAUGCAAAAGGAAGCAAAAGAGACUCGAAGGAGGAUGUUUUCCAGCAGAACCAUUUAUUCUGGCUGCAGAAUACAAGUCCUGCCUCUACCAAAGUGAGUGCUCUCAUUUGGGAGGGGAAUGAAUGCAAGAAGGUGGACAUGUCCGUGUUGGAGAUCAGUGGAGUUAUCAUGAGUAGGGUUAAUGCUUAUCAACAAGGUGCUGGUUAUCAGUGGCUGGGAAAUAUUGUUACAGUUGGUUUAGCCUUCCUCCCUUUCCUCUAUCGGCUCUUCCACUCAAAGACUUUGGAACAACUGUGGUCCCUUUCUAUGAAAGAACUUUUAUACAUCUUUUGUGGGGCUCCCACAAUCCCCCCUGUUAUUCUCCUUGCUAUCAUCAUCUUCCUUGAGCGCCUGUGCCUUACCUGGAUGUUUUUCUUCAUGAUGUGUGUUGCAGAGAGAACGUAUAAACAGCGAUUUUUGUUUGCUAAACUUUUUAGCCAUAUCACAUCAGCUCGAAAGGCCAGGAAGUAUGAAAUCCCUCAUUUCAGGCUCAAGAAAGUGGAAAAUAUUAAAAUAUGGUUAUCGCUUCGUUCUUACCUAAAGAGGCGAGGUCCACAACGGUCUGUUGAUGUGGUGGUAUCCUCCAUCUUCUUACUGGCUCUAUCUAUUGCUUUCAUAUGCUGUGCACAGGUUUUAAAAGGUCACAAGACAUUCCUGAAUGCGGCUUACAACUGGGAAUUUCUAAUCUGGGAAACGGCCCUCCUCCUCUUCUUGUUACGUUUGGCAUCCCUAGGCUCUGAAACCAACAAGAAAUACAGUAAUAUUUCAAUUCUGCUCACUGAGCAGAUUAAUUUAUAUCUAAAGAUGGAAAAAAAACCAAAUAAAAAAGAACAGCUGACACUGGUGAACAAUGUUCUAAAACUCUCUACAAAACUCUUGAAGGAGUUAGAUACACCGUUUAGACUCUACGGUUUGACAAUGAAUCCUUUAAUCUACAACAUAACACGUGUGGUGAUCUUGUCUGCCGUCUCUGGUGUAAUAAGUGAUCUACUGGGAUUUAAUAUCAGACUGUGGAAAAUCAAACCUUGACAAAGGAGAAGCCGAGCUCCUUUCCCAGAGCACAAGAAUUGUGGGCUGUGCUGCACAGACAUGGUAUGACAGUUGAAGAUGCAUUGCCUCUGUAAAAAUGAGAUAUAUGCUAGUUCUCAGCAGCAACACAAAUCUUGCCCUUUCUUCAAACAUUCUCACAGGAUUUCAAAAUAGAUUGCUUUAUUCCCAGUAAGAUCAUGGCUUGAAAGAGAUGAUUAAGUGAGCUUUAUUACACUAAAGUCUCUUAAUGAGGCAAACUUGCAGCCCCAGUCCAGUCGGAUAUAAUUUUAUUUAGCAACUUUUUGUGGGACAACAAAGCCACUUUUUCUAGUUUAUUGUAGUCAUCUCUAGCUGUAAAAGAGAAAAUUAAGGUGUGCUGCAAGCAGGUCUUUUAAUGAGGUGUCUGAGUUAUUUGCUAUGCAAGUUUUACAUUUAGACAGGUGGUUGUUUCUGCCACAGUUUGGACGGUGCUGUUGACCUACUUAAUAUUUGUCCAAGUGUCUCUAAUGAAGAGAUUUUUCUUGAAUUGCACCAGGCUUAGUAGUGAUUUAAAAGGGAGGAAAACAAAAUCUAUCUGUACAAGCUGAGGAUAUCCUCUUCAGGCAUUUGCCAGUUGAGGCUUCAGUUGCUUAGUAACACACAAACAGCACCAGAAGGUGGCUUACAGUUGGCCUGUCACACACCAGGAGAGGAGAGGAUUUUUUCUGGUAAUUAGCAUUUUCCAAAUAAUUCAUGUGAAUUCAGACCAGUCAGAACAAGCAAAGCAGUCUCUCCAUGAAAGAACACAGCAAUGCUUCUAUGGUGCCGUAGAGAGAGAGCAGAUGUUUUAUGCCAUUAGAGUGAAUUAGAAAGCCAAACUUCUGCUGGGAUACAUUGCACCCCCUGCUGAUGGCAUUUAGCCUCAUGGAAGUGAGUUGGCCCUGUGGGUUUUCCCGCCAUAGUGGCCUGUUGAUGUAGCACUUUUCACACAGCUCCUCAGAUGCAGUACAAGUUGCAGGGUUGUGUCUCUGUGAAGCUGCCCUAGAGGUGCAUCCCCCAUGGGUGGAAACAGUAUUUGUUGCAUACAUUUACAUUUCAAAUGGAUGCCAGUUUCCAAAUGUGUAUACACUCAGUAAAACCACAAGGAGCUAGAUAUUUAUUCCAGGUCAUAACAGAAAUGUGAAA